UGAUACGGCAUGACGGAACUACUGUUGUAGCUGGGACGCAGUUAGGGCUAAAUUAAUAACAUUACUGUUUAAGCUAUGGUAGCGCAACUCAAUAAUGUGGAAUAGAAAAGAAACAUAACGCACGCGAAGGCGGUUUUAUGAGUUGGAAGUCAGACAGUCCAGCCGUUUUGAAUUCAAAGUCCAUGGUAACGCAUCGUAGCAGUGACAGAUACUGAAGUCAUUUAGCUCAUCGCAGGCUGGUUCAAAGUCAUCAUGGGCAAUGGAAUGAAUAAGGUCGUCGAUGGGCUCUACCUUGGGAACAUAAGAGAUGCAGAAAACAAAGAAAGUCUGUCUAAGAAUGGCAUCACCCACAUCCUGUCUGUGUACAACAAUGCUAAGCCCGUGUUUGAGGACAUGACAUACCUUUGUAUUCAUGCAGCUGAUGCUUCCAGCCAGAACCUAAAACAGCAUUUUAAAGAGUGCAUCAGCUUCAUCCAUGAAUGUCGCCUGAAUGGUGGAUCUUGUCUCGUUCACUGCCUUGCAGGUGUGUCCCGCAGCACAACCAUAGUGGUGGCCUACCUGAUGACUGUCACCCACUACAGCUGGGAGGAGUGUCUGUCUGCGGUCAAGGCUGUUCGCUCCUUUGUCGGCCCAAACUAUGGCUUCCAGCAGCAGCUGCAGGAGUACCAGACGACUCAAGUCUCAGGGUACCGAACUUGGUUGCAGUCCCGUUUCCGUCCCAGUCCAUUUAAUGACCUGGAGCAGGUGGGCGCCCUGCUGAGCCAGUACACGGAGCAGCAGGAGAGCCAGAGAAGAGGAGCAGACCAGCGCUGGAUAAAUCAAGGUGUCUGCGCUCUGCCGUCCAACCCUGACGAUCCUGAAGGCAGCAGCUGAAACUGCAGCUCGUGCCAAAGUCCUGCCCAAUGCUGUCUGUUAUUGGCAGCUGUCAUUACUCUGUACUCAAUUCCAAAUCAACCCCAAGUUUAUGUGUGUUAAGUGUAUCCAACUUUAAAGCCUUUGUAUCACAAAGCAUAGGAUGAAAUAAAAGCCCCCUUUUAAGUGAUUUAUACUUUUAUUUGCACCUGUUCAGUCAUUUUUAAGCAAUGGAGGUUGAUUUAGAAUUGGGCUACAGACUCUUCUCCACUACUAGUACCGCCCAUGCUCCUUUUACUGAGUACAGCCACAACAUGGGUAUCGGUGCUCACAGACGCCUUACUUUAAACACCUCAGCACCUUAGCCAUGAUGAAUAAACUAUACUUCCAUGUGGACUCUUUUACACCAGCUCAGUAGCCUUAAAGACGUGACUAAUUAACGGCCUUGAAGGAACAUUUUGUCUCGGAUUUUUGGAUGCCUAGUGUGAACUAGUGGACCAUCAAGUCCACAACUUAUCAGCCAAUUUGAUGCCAGUUAUUCUGACAUGUACCAGUUUGCAGUCAAAUCCUGGGUCGUAAUGGUCAACGCUGGAGCUGGGGAAGUUAGCAUCAUUGGCAGGCUGACAGCAUAAAAUUUGUUAUUAUGCACAACCUAUUGAAAGCAAGUGCCACUGCUUGCCUGUUAAAUGUGUAAAAGCUAUUGAGAGUGCAUGUACCAGUAAAAUACACAAUAAGCAUACAAUGGUCAUGGUGUCGUUAGCAGAUUCGUUAGCCACUUACAGAUGUUACAACAACAAUAAAUGUAUCAGUGUUGCACAUCACUGCCCAUGGAGUAAACAUUAGUUCACACUCAGUUGGACACUGUUCUUUCAUAUAAGCCGUCUGCACACGGUAUGUCGAGAUAUUAAUGAAUACUGGUGGGUCGCAGGGGAAGAAAAGCUGUGAGUUUGCUCUGUCAGUUCCCAGAAACUCUGCCCACGCCAACCAAACUGUUGACUGACUUAUCUGUUAUCAGGCAAAAGACAACAGCCAAACCCCUCUGUAGUCCCUCCACCAUCAACUGAUCUGAGAUAAGCCAGGGGUAGGGUUAGUUAGGUAACUAGGUUGUUUCACUUCACUACAGAGUUGUACAGAACACUGGUUCAUACCAUGACCAUUUGCAUGUAGGAGUAACAUAUAGAGUACAUUUCAAAACGGGCAAAAUGUUCCUUUAACACCUUUAAGCUACAUAAAGUAUAGCUGAGUAAAACUAUAACCGCACAUGAAGGAUCUCUGCAGUCCAAAUGCUUAAGUCUUCCUGAUUUUACUGAAGCUCUGAUUUACCUUUUUAUUGUGACAAAGCUGAUUUUUAGGUAAUUUGUGUUAUGAAGUCAUGGCGACACUUAAUUGUUUUGAUUGCAUAUUUAUGGUGGGGUUUUUUGUUUGUGUUUUAUAAUAAAAUGCCUUGAUUGACAAAAAUGUGAAAACACUAAUAAAUCUGUCCUAUCAA